AUGCGUUGCGGGGUGUAUGACAGGACUUUUUGCGGCGCACUGCGGUACACUCGACUGUCGCUGCCGCAGCGGUGUUGGUGUUCAGCUCCGUAUGGUACCUUGCAUGUGGUUGUGCGGUUUGUGAGCAACUCGAGCAUACCGAUUGCAAAUUGCUACAGGCGCCUCGGCGUCGACUGUACGGCGACAACGGAGGAGAUGAAGGCCGCAUACCGGCGCCGUGCACUAGAGUGUCACCCUGACGUGGUGAGCGAUGAUCAAAAGGCACAGGCGGAGGUGGAGUUUCGUGCUGUUUCCGAGGCAUACGACGUUUUGAUGGACCCGCACAAGCGUGCAGAGCAUGACAAGGCUCUUGGACUGGAUCGCGUCGCUGCAUCGAGAGCAACGUCACCGCAGCGGGAUACGACUGCUUCACCGUCGCCAGCUUCUUCUAGAGCUGCUUCGACGCGUCGGCAAAAACCAUUUGUGCGGGGCGAUGCCGAUCGCAAGUUUCGUGAGGCGUUUCAUGGCAUGUCUAUUGAUCAGGUCAUAUUUCAGGAGCGUUUGCGGCAGCGGCAGGAAAAACGAAAGCUGCAUGAAGCGACGGCCUCUUCUUCUUCUUACGAGGAGUCGUUGCGCCGUGUUAUAGUGGAUGCCGCGGAACGAUUUCACGAAAAGGUGCAGCGACAGUAUGGACCCAGUAUGCUGCGUCAUGUGAAAUUGCAGACGGAACUGCCUAACGGUCCGCAGCCGCCGCCCUCUGACUACAUGCCAUUUCGCCCGUUUCAUGGCUGGUCUGUGCCAGAGGGCGUCCGCACAGUGCCGGAACCAAGGAUGGGCCCUAUUUCCCACGUAAGUGAAGAAAAUGUGAAAUUUGAAGGGCCGCCAACACCCAUGCGAAGGGAUCUACCGAAGUAUUUUCCAACUGUAAAGGCGCUAGACGGCUCUGUGAUGGGUCGGGGUGAGGCGCUGCAACACCUCGAGAGGGAAAGAAAUGCACCGUACAAUAUGGGUAAACUGUACUCAUAUCAUAGACCUUACUGA